UCCCAAGAACUAAAGGAGGUCCUGUCACUAGAUCACAAUAAGCACCUGGUGAACAUUGGCUGUGGUGGUGAUUGUGGUGGGGAUCUGUCUUUCCUCUGUCUUUCAGACACAGGAGCAGUAGCAACCUUGGCCCUGACUUGCAUGUACAACAGGAUUCCUGUAGGUUCUCAGGAAAAUUACAGAGACCUGUUUGGUGAGGCACUGAAGGUUCUUGUGGAUAAUAUCAGCUUGAGGAUCAAAGAUGAUGGCAUCAUUGGAGACAUCUACAGCACUGGCCUUGGCAUGCAGGCUCUGUCUGUGACACCUGUGCAACCUAUCAAGAAAUGGGACUGCCAGAAGACUAUGGAUAUGAUACUCAAUGAGAUUAAGCAGGGGAAAUUCCAAAACCCCAUGUCCAUUGCUCAAAUUCUCCCCUCCUUGAAAGGCAAGACUUACCUAGAUGUGCCCCAAGUAAAUUGUGGUUCUGAUCAUGAAGUGCCACCAACUCUAACUGACUAUCCUACUCCCGUCCCCCCCUCACCAUCUAACAUUACCGUCAUAUACACCAUAAACAACCAGCUGAAGGGGGUUGAUCUGCUCUUCAACAAGACCAUUGAAGUUAGUGUGAAAAGAGGAUCUGUACUACUUGUUGUCCUUGAAGAAGCGCAGCGCAAAAACUCCAUGUUCAAAUUUGAAACCAGAAUGACAUCUUGGGGCCUUCUUGUCUUUUCUAUCAACAAUAUCGCUGAAAAUGUUAAUCACAAGACAUACUGGGAGUUCCUUAGUGGCAAAACACCUUUGGAUGAAGGGGUUGCUUACUAUGUUCCCUCCAACUAUGAGCACAUCACAGCCAACUUCACCCAGUACUGAGGAGGAUCUUCUGCUGCAUGUGACCAAAGGAUGGUUUUUUUUUUUUCAUUUCAUUUCAAAUCUAUGCCAAGAAAAGUGGAUGUUAA